UGCCCACAUUAAUAUUAUUUUCAUUGAUUUAUAAUUUCAGAAAGGAUGAUUCAUAAAAUAACCAGUUUGACGACAUUCCAAAAUAUGGAAUUCUCUGAAAAAUUUCUGGAGUGGGUAGAGAGUCAUAGCUCUACUUAUAAAAACGGAAUUUCGGUUAUGGGAAGCAAUAUUAGAUUUUUCCUUAAUAAGGAGGAGCCCUUAUUUUUGAUAUUUGAUGAGUUCCAUUUAAAGGACAUUGACAAUGCACCAUCACGAUAUGCAAAAUGGAAGGUGUUUUGCGUGGGAAUUUCGAAUUUAAAAGGACAUUUUCAAAUAAUUUAUUUGAAAACAAUGACUUCUGGACACGAACAAAUAGGUUCUUUAGCAAUUAAAGUUGGUGUCAAAAAUGCAACUGACCUCAUUAAAGCUAACGGCGUUUUAUAUAGCCGUUUAGAAGGGGCAGCAGACAAAUGCGCAUCAAAUGGUGAUGCAAUCAACUUUUUAAAGAGCCAGGGACUUCCCGUUAUUUACGAUCUGCGCCACCUUGUGGAUAAGUUAAAUUCAAUGGGUCACGUCGAUGUUAUCUUGCGACACCUGCUGCAACAAUUUUUAUCAAAGUCAACUUAUAUGGAUAAAAUUAAAUCCAUCAAAACGGUAGUGGAGAGGACAGUGCCCCAAAAAUUACAAGCUCGAUAUGAGAACGAGCUUUCAGCUAUACAAUAUUUCCUGAGAAAUAUUUUUCAAACGUUUCCCGAACGCAUGGUGACCCUCCAAUCGGUGAACUCAGAUUUGUUUGAGAGCAUGGGUUCAUCCAUUCAAGGAACACCAUACGAUGCUGCUAGCGAAGCGUUUCAAAAGUUUAAGGAAUUGGAGAACGUGGAGGAGGCCAUCAUCUUCAUGGCAACUCUUACCACAGUUGUUAUACAAAAACAACACAAGAACCUGGUGGAUGUUUAUAACUUAUUGGAGGAUCAAGGACCAAACGAUCGAGGAGAAAAGAGACACCAUGGCAAUGCAGGGCUCGACGGGCCAUCAAAGAAGAGGGCCUAAUGAAAUAAGUUGCGGACCCACCACUGUAUGUGUAGUGACCUGGCUUUAUCCAAUAAAAAAAAAAAACAAAACACGUUGAUAAAUG